AGCUCUCGUUCCAAGAACACCACCUACACCGAUCGCUGAUCACGACCCUGAAACUGUGUCUGAGCCUGAGGCUGAUCCUGGACAUGACAGCGAGACUGACGAUGAUCUGAGGGGCCCGGCUGAGGUACCACCACCACCACAUCAGGAUGGUGCGGACAUCCAUUAUGUGAAUGAUUUUUUUGUUCGAGAUACGGAGUUGGGAGAAGACCGGACUCUUCUCGGCAUCGUUAGAAAUGCUGCUUUCGACCCGGCGCUUCGGAAGGCCAAAGCAGUUGCUGCCGACGUUCUGAACUGGAGCUUCAUGCGCGGUGGGAUAGCAUAUCUUCAGUACGGUGAUCUGCAACAGCUCAUGGAUGAGCGCUUAGAGCAAGCCUUGUCCUGUUAAAAAAAAAAAAAAAAAAAAAAAAAAAACACCCUGAAGCAGUAAAGCACGACAUUCCAAAAUAAAUUAUUGAAAAUCCCCGAGCAGUGUGAUUUCAGAAAAUUAAAACCCCAUGGCGCGCAUUUUAGACUUAAACUUUCUGUUAGAGUGCUUGGUUAGAGAUCCUGAAUCAUUCAUAAUAAACGAUGUGAAUUUAUCACCGAGUGCAUUUCAAUCUGGGUCUGGUUACCAUUCCGAUUCGUCAGCAUCAUACCCCAGUGUCAGUCAUGAACCUCCUCCUCCUCUUCCUCCUCCUCCUCCUCCUCCUCCUCCCCUCCUCCUCCUCCUCCCUCCUCCUCCUCCUCCUCCUCUUCCUCCUCCACCUCCUCUUCCUCUUCCUCUUCCUCCUCCUCCUCCUCCUCCUCCCAGUCUACCCCACUCAGAACCAUCUUGCUCCAAUUCAGAUUUGCAAAAUGAUGCUUCAGCAUCAAGAAUUUUGCGUGAUCGAUUUAAUAAUGUUGAGAUAAGACAGACGUUAAACCUUCCAGAUACACAGAAUGUACCAGAUCUAGCAGAGUUUUACGAGAAUGUUAUGAGAGUCAUCAAACAUCUUGCAGAGAGAACCAGGUCGGAAUCUAACCGUAAUGACCUGGUUCAAUUGGAAAUUGUCGGUGAGAAUGUGCAAGAGCACGUUUCUUUCACUGUUGACCAGCAUGGUGAUAACAUUCUCCCCACAUUUGAAAACUUACUCGAUCAAAUGGUUCAGUCAAAUACAGAUGUUGCUGCUGACGCAGGACUGGAAUACGUUGUACAGGUUGUACGUGACUCGUGAGGCCGAGUUAAAAGAAAAUUAGAAUGCACUCUUGAACAUGAGGUGUUACAGCGUAAGAGGCGUCACCUCUACAUCGUCUGUAAUAGGACCGAUAAGCUCUGUUUCUCCAUUUGUCUGGCACAUUUAACAGAUCCCAAAUUAAAUGAUUCACAGGCUGAAGAAAGAGGAAGUUGGUUACAGCAUCAGGCAGGCUUGACCAGUCAGACUGAAGUCUCCUUCACUGACGUCCCUAAAUUUGAGGAGCUCUUAUAACGGAAAAUAGUCAUAUUCAUGAGAAAUCGUGAAAAUAGAGCCCUCUCGAAAUUUGAGACAGCUUUCAGUGACCGAUCUCGCCCAAUUUUCUUGUACUUAGCUGAAAACCACUUCUCGGGGAUUAAAAACCUCAAAGGGUUCCUUGGUGUCCGAUAUGUUUGCAGUUUCUGUUUUCAAGGAUACAAUAACCCUCAUACACACAGCUGUGGUGGUUACUGUCCUGUAUGUAAUGACCCUGACUGUAAACAGAGGGUGUGGAGCCCUGUGACCUGUGAUCGUUGUAACAGAACCUGUCGUUCGUCAGAGUGUUUCGACAAGCAUAACGAGCUGAGAGAGAGAAUCCGUGGUGAGACGUAUGCUAGUAACUGCGAUAUUUACAAGAAAUGUCUUAAAUGUAACUCUACAUACAAGAAAAGAUUGACCGGGGAGAACAGAGAGCAUGUGUGUAUAAAGAGACGGUGUAAAACUUGUGGUGAGAGCCUCGCAGAUGAGUCAGAAACCGCUGGUAAUCAGGAUCGUCACCUCUGUUACAUGCAGCCUUUAAACGUAGACGAGAAACACUCGGAGAAGUUGAUUUUUUAUGACUUUGAGACAUUUGUUGAUCAGACAGGUGUGCAUAGACCAUAUCUGGUCUGUACAAAAACCUUGAGCGGUGUUGACUGCGUGGAAAAAUUCAUCGCUCAUUUCAGAAAACCUCGCUACAAAGACUCGAUCUUCAUUGCGCAUAAUUCGAAAGGAUUCGAUAGCUACCUGAUUGUUAACACCAUGGUUAAAUUAGGUAUUGAACCCUCUCUUAUUAUGAUGGGUGGUAAAAUUCUGAAGCUCAGUGAGUCGGACUAUAACCUAAAAUUCAUCGACUCUCUCUCUUUCCUCAGCAUGCGUCUCUCUGAUAUGCCGAAAGCAAUGGGGUUCGAGGAUCAGUCGAAAGGCUUUUUCCCUCACAAGUUCAGCUCCGCAGGGAGUCUGAAAUACACGGGACCGUACCCCCCACCUACUGAUUAUGGUUUUGAGCGUAUGUCGUGCCCCGAACAGGUGAAAUUUCAGGGGUGGUAUGAUUCGGUCUCUCGCGGUGUAUUCGACUUUGAGAAGGAAGCUUUGUUUUACUGCAAAAACGAUGUCCAGAUUCUCUUUGAAGGGUGCGUUAGAUUCAGAAAUCAGUUUCUGAAUGAGACAAAAGUUGACCCGUUCAGUCGGAUAACUAUAUCCUCAGCCUGUAUGAAAGUUUUUCUCACAAACUUUCUACGUCCUCGCACACUCGCCAUUCCUCCUCCUGAUGAUUACCGUCGUCAGGUCAAAAGUUACUCUCACGCUUCUAUCCAGUGGUUGGAAUAUGUGUCACACAGCCGGGGUGUUUUCAUCCAGCAUGCUCUAAACAGAGGCGAGACGCAAAUAGGUCCUUACUUUGUUGACGGGUUUGCAACAAUCGAUGAUGUGGAAUGGGUUUUUGAGUUCCAGGGUUGUUUUUUCCACGGCUGUCCGAUUUGUUUUCAGCCGCAUGAAACAUGCCCUCUGACUGGGAAGCCCUUUGAAGAGCUGUACACAGCUUCAGAGGAAAAAUUACAUCGGCUGAGAUCCGUCUACGGUCUACAGACCUGUGUGAUCUGGGAACACGAGUGGCUGGAGAUGAAAAAAUCAGAUCCGCGAGUAGGCGAGUUUCUGAAGGAAUUUGACCCUCCCGAACCUCUCUCCCCCAGACAGGCUCUGUACGGAGGCCGUACGAGUGCGCUGCGGCUGUGGUACACAGCGGGUGCUGGCGAAUCUGUGCAUUACGUGGAUGUAACUUCAUUAUAUCCGUACGUAAACAGCAGUUGCGCUUAUCCUUUAGGCCAUCCCACCGUAAUUCAUAAAGAUUUUGACGACCCUCAAAACUACUUUGGGUUAAUUCGAGCCGUCGUCAACCCCCCGCAGGGUCUCUCCCACCCGGUGUUACCUUACAAAUCUUCCAGAGGUAAACUGCUGUUCACUCUCUGUCGCACCUGUGCUGAGAUAAAUAACCAAAUGACCUUAUGCAAUCAUGAUGAAAACGCCUGUGCAUUGACGGGGGUGUGGGUCACUCCCGAAUUCAACAAAGCUCUGGAGCUCGGGUACAAAGUUGCAAAAAUCAUCGAAGUUUGGCACUUUAGCAAGCGUAGCGACUCUGUUUUUGUAGGAUACGUGCACACUUUUCUGAAGGGGAAACAGGAAGCGUCAGGCUACCCGGCAGAUGCGGUGGAUCAGGAAAGCAGGGACAGAUACAUACAGCAGUACAAACUGGAACAAGGCAUUCAGCUCGAUGCGGACAGAAUCCGGUUUAACCCGGCACUUCGCUCUGUCUGCAAACUGGCUCUGACCUGCUUCUGGGGAAAGAUGGCAGAGAGGCCUAAUCUAAAACAGACCUCGAUCGUGUCUGAUCCUGCACAGUUCUUCAGUUAUCUGUUUUCAGGAAAGUAUCAGAUCAAGUACUUUUCUUUUCUGAACAACGACGCUGCUUUGGUUCAGUGGAAUUACAACGAGAGGUGUGUUGUUCCACCCGGGAGAACCUAUAAUGUAUUUGUCGCUGCUUUCACCACAGCUUACGGACGCUUGAAGCUUUACAGUUAUCUGGAGAGAUUGCAGGAGAAGGUGCUCUAUACAGACACUGACAGCAUAGUUUACCUCCUGAAGGAUGGUGACACGCCUCUUGAGUUGGGUAAUUAUCUGGGGGAUUUAACGGAUGAACUCUCGGGUGACACCAUUUCUGAAUUUGUGGCGGCAGGUCCCAAGACUUAUGCGUAUCAGACAAAAAAUGCUAAAAAGGUGGUGAUGAGAGUGAAAGGGAUUACUCAGACUCGAGACUUUUCUGACAAAGUCAGCUUUGACAGCGCGAGGGAGCUGGUGGAGGGCUAUCUCAGAAUCCAAAGGAGUGAUUCGAUUGACAUUCCUCAGCAAAACAUCAUCAGAGACAAAAGGGGGUUUCUGCUGAAAAAUUCUUCAUUCACAAAAAAGCUUCGCAUCGUUUACGACAAACGGAAGCUCUCCCAUGAUGGCACUUCGGUACCGUUCGGUUAUUAGUAAAUAACCUGAUCUCGUUGCUGUUGUUGAUGAUUUUUUUUUUUUUUUUUUUUUUUUUUAAUGAAAUGUCAGACUUUACCGCGAUGGAGGAAAUUGAUUUUGAUCCUAGAUUUUGUGCGCCUUUUUCAUGUUUAAUCGCAGGCCCGAGCGGCUCUGGGAAGUCAUUUUUUGUAAAAAGUGUUUUGCAGGAUUGUGAAAAUGUAAUGGACCGAAAACCGGAUAAUAUUGUUUGGAUUUAUACUUCGUUUCAACCUUUGUAUGCCGAGCUGCAGAAGACCAAUAAAAACAUAACGUUUG